AUGUCUCGCUCACGCCGGGGAUUCUGGCCCAUUAUCCUACUCUGCUUCCUACUUUUCUGCUUUCUGUAUCGACUUCAUCCAUCAUAUCCUGGGGCCAUACCUCCAUUGGAAAUUCUCUCCUUGCCAAUUGAAUCCAAUAUCUUGCAUCCGGGGGAUUUUGUCGAUCCUGCGGGCUAUCCCCAUCCCUACAUCGCACCAGCCCAGGACUAUGCGCUACGGGAGCCUGAUGGCGAGGGAACACUUAAUGAUGUGCCGGAAGACAGGUUCUACAGAGGGGGCACCCUCACCUUAAGCACUCAGGGCGAUGAUAAAGAACACCCCAAGCCAGCAAUAUACGACCCUUAUCCUGUCUACAAUAGUCUUAAAUGGCAUAAGACAUGGACUGGAAAUCAUCAGCCUUGCCGUGGCCCCCGAGGUAGAGAUAUCAAUCGCGCCAACAGCGAGGAUAUGAUGAUGGUGUAUCGUGGGACUCAGAAAGAUUUCCCAUUCCCUAUGUUCGGAUCCCAUGAAGCGAUCGGCCUCGAUCAUAAUGUAUGCGUCGAUCGGUACUCGCGUUAUGGACCGUACGGACUAGACGAGUUCAAUGAUGCGGAUGUUCCGGGAUUCCAACGACCUCCUAGGAUCUUCUGGGGAAAUAUCAACUGGGGUUAUCUUCAAUCGUCAUGCUAUGAGCGAAAUGCCGAUAGAUACGACCCCGAUCGACCAGACCAGCAUUACUCUCGCCAUGUUCUCUCGCUGUACCCCCGGAAACCCCGCUCGGCUGUUCUUCUUCGCGCAUCGGAUAGCAUGAAAUGGACACCCAGUCAUGCGCAGUAUCUCCGGUCGUUGAUUAUGGAGCUUUCUCUGCAUUCCGGAUCUGAAUAUCAGGUAUUCUUCCUGGUUGAUGUGCACAGUCCUAUCGAUCUCGAGAACGAUGAGGAGGGUGUUCAAAUGCUAAAGCAGAAGAUCGUGCCUGCCGAAUUCCGCAAUAUGACUGUUCUCUUCAACGAACGUCUGCUGGAAAGAUGGUAUCCCAAGCUAGACGAACACCGUGCAAUCUACCAGCAUCUCCAGGCAACUCAAGUCUUCUCCCUGAUGUAUCCGGAGUUUGAUCACUACUGGCAAUUAGAAUUCGACAACCGAAUCAUCGCACACGCCUAUCAUUUCUUCGAGCAGGCUAUCGACUUCGCCAAACGACAACCGCGAAAAUACCUCUGGGAGCGAAAUGCUUAUUUCUACACCCCCGGCGCCCACGGUGACUGGAGCGACUUCUCUAACAUGGUAACGCUAUCAAUGGAAGGCAAGCAAAGUAUCUGGGGUCCCCUCGAAUAUUCCGGGAUAACGCCAGCCGGACCGACGCCACCGGUCUCACGACCUCAAGCCGAUCAUUUCGAAUGGGGUGUCGGUGAAGAAGCGGAUCUAAUAACCUUUCUACCGAUCUUCGAUCCAAAAAAUACAUCCUGGACAUUCCCAUGGAUGAUCUGGAAUCUAGAUGAGGAUAUCCCGCGUCGCACCUCGGUCAUCACCCAAUGGCGCGUUUCCAAGCGGCUUUUGAGAGAAAUGCACAAUGCGCAGCUCGAAGGACAGGCUUUUGCAUCGGAGAUGUCGGCUCCGUCUUGGACGCUUUUGCAUGGCUUCAAGGCUGUGCAUGUUCCCCAGCCCAUUUAUGUAGAUGGGAAAUGGACGUCGGCGGAAAUGUCGAGGAUCUUCAAUCGCGGUGCACCAGAGAAUAUCAAUGGAGAUUCGAAUAGUAUUUGGAAUUGGGAUCAUAAAUUCGAUUACCUUUGGUAUCGCAUUUCGUUCAUGUUCGCGACGCAGACGGCGGAAGAUUUGUUUCGGCGAUGGUCGGGUUAUCCGCCUAAUCCAGCUCGACAUCUCAGUGGGGAGAGGCCUGAAUACCGGCCUGGGAGGUAUUGGGAUGAAAGUGGUAGUUUGGAUGAACCUGCCAAUGGUCGCAUGUGUCUGCCAUUCAUGCUCCUGCAUACCAUCAAGAACACGGAGCCUGAUGCGACGUCUAAUCUGCCAGUCACCGACUCCGCUCUCCAAGAUGAUGCUAUCUGA